CGGAUCCUAAAUUAUGAAUGUUUCUCUGAGGAUGGAGGAUCGGGAGCUUCUGUAUCUUUAAUAGUGAGGAGAGAGAGAUGGGAGAGGCUGCGCGUUCACGCUCCCUUCUUCUCGCUCCGCGGCGUCGGGCACGCGCACUGGAUCCCACUCUCACUGGAGAGGAAAAAAAGCUCCGUCGGACAACAGCGAGUCUCCGGGAAAAAAACAUGUUGCCUCCGCCGCCCUUCAUCAACGAUGCUGUCUGCAAAAGUCAUGUGAAAGGAUCCGCAACAUAUGAGGACUCUAGUUUUUUCGACCAUUAAACUUGUUUCAGAGGAUUGUAAACUCUAGGAAGUGAUUAAGAAGACACAGGAAUUGAAGUUGGACAUCUGACAGGUGCAGAAGAUGGCGAGACGGCUCCUGCAGGUCCUCGCCUUGUGGACUACCGUGGUUGGCGUUGUGCAGUGCUGUCCAGAGCUCUGCAGCUGCCAGGAUAAAUUCAACCACCAGUUUGUCGACUGCGUUUCAAAAGAAAUGCCGGAGGUACCCGUGGGUCUCCCCGCCAAUGUCACCACCUUGAGCCUCUCUGCCAACAAGAUCAAAUUACUGAGAAGUAAAAGCUUCGUCAACAUCACGCAGGUCACCUCUCUCUGGCUGGCCCACAAUGAGAUAGUUACCGUAGAAAUGGGCACCUUGGCCCCCCUGGUCCAGCUCCGCAACCUGGACAUCAGUUACAACAAAAUUGUGCACUUUCCGUGGGUGGAUCUGCACAACCUCACGUCCCUGCAGCUUCUGAAAAUGAACAACAAUGAGAUGGUGAACCUUCCCAAGGACGCCUUCUCCAAUCUCAAAGACCUGAGGUCGCUGCGCAUCAACUUCAACAAGUUCACCACCAUUGUGCAGGGAACCUUCAGCCCCCUCCUCUCCAUGUCUCACCUGCAGAUUUUUAACAACCCCUUCACAUGCUCCUGCACUCUGGAGUGGCUGAAGGAUUGGAUCGCGACGACUAAGAUCUCUGUCCCUGAGCAAAAUUCAAUUGUAUGUGGGGCCCCUGAACACCUGAAGGGUGCACUGGUUACAGCGCUCCCCAAACUGGACUGUACGGCCCCUGCUGUCACUAUAACCUACGAGCCCGACAUUGAGAACACGGAGGUCUACGAGGGCUUCAUGGUCAUCUUAAAUUGUGAGACAACAGGGAGCCCUGCGCCACAGGUCAGCUGGGAGGUCACUGCAGGAAACCAGAACUAUGUGUUCCCCUUGCCCUCCAACGGAGAGAUAAAUGAUGUGCCAAUUAAUGAUAAAACAACCAACAAUCGAUUCCUCGUCUUUAGGAACGGCACUCUCGUCAUCCGUCGGAUGAGUAAAAAGGAAGAUGGAAAUUACAACUGCUCUGCGGUGAAUGAGUUAGGUAAGGCGGAGAGCGGUGUUAAAGUGGCUAUGGCAGCCACCCAAAAACAUGACUCGAAGCCCGAUUCUACGGUGGACAAGAUCCGCCCAUCUGCUAAAAAGCCUGCAGAGCCCUCCAAAAACAAUGUGAUCAACUGGAGCAAGCCCGACGGCAAGACAAAGGGAAGCCCCGAAGGGUCGUCGGACAAAAGCGCCGGCACGGGGCAGGCCGGCGACGUUUCAAAGGACCCAACCUUUGCGAGCAAGUGCGGCGUGAGAGAAAGCAGUGAAUACAUCUCCAACCACGCCUUCAACCUGAGCUUGGAUGACCUGAAGCAGUACACGUUUGAUUUUGGCGUCAUUGCGUUAGAAGUGUCGGAGACGGAGGCCAAAGUUCAGCUGAAUCCACUGCAGCUUCCCAGCAGCAAAUCUAACCUCCAUCUGAGUCACACUGAAAACCAGGAGACGGUGAACAAAGAGGCCUUUGGUGUGUACCAGUCCUCAUCCAGCAAAGCCACCCUGGACAUGCUCUACCUCUGUGUGAAUACAGGUAACGGACACUCCAUGAUUCAGUGGUCCAAUAUAGAGGAGGGGGUCAAUGCGUACCGCUUCCAUGGUUUACAGCCCGGCACCAAUUACACACUGUGUCUCACCUAUGGGGGGCAGGACUGCCAAGUCCAAGUAGUCUUCACAACCAGGAGGAAGAUCCCCUCCCUUCUCAUCAUCGUGGUUGUCAGCAUUUUCCUACUGGGUCUGGCCACUGUUCCCUUACUGGGAGCCACCUGCUGCCAUUUGUUAUACAAGUACCAAGGGAAGACCUACAAGCUGAUCAUGAAGGCCCAGAAUCCGGAUCAGGUGGAGAAACAAAUGACUGGAGAUUUUGAUCGCAGGGCGUCUUUUGUGGAGUCAGAGAAGACCUUUGACCCCAGCGAGUUAGGCGAGGGAGAGGCCGAGGGAGAGGAAGGGGACGGAGAGGAGGAAGCCGAGGGGAGUGUGGUGACAGAAUCCAUCCCAGGGUCCUCAUCCAAAACCAACCAGGAGGAGUUUGAAGUGGGCUCGGAGUACAGUGACAGGUUACCGCUGGGUGCAGAGGCAGUCAACAUCUCGGAGGAGAUCAACGGCAACUACAAGCAGCCGAGCCGCUGAACUCCAUCGACGUCUGCUGGCAUACUGUAAAAAUAUUUUACUUUAAAGGUAGCCUACAUUAAAGCAGGUAACUCACCCACCAUUGCUUCUUCAUCACGUGACCAACGAUGACUUCUCAUACAAACAAAAAAAGGUGGAUCUUUAAUUUUUUUUUUGUUACUUCAGAAAGUAGUCAAUCACUUGAGCUUGUGACUUGGUUCAUGUGACAUUUGUAGUCUGCUGUGUAAGGUUGAAAUAAGCAACAUAAGUUUACAAUGCAAGCACAGAUUUCUACAGUUUAUAUAAGACCUCAAAACUGACAGGAAAAACAGCACAAUGUUCCCUUUCUGCAGGACAAACACAGACAGGCGCAAAUUGUGCACAAGGCGAAGUUUCAAGUGAAAAAAACGGUAUUGAAAAUUUCAUUUUGGAGAGCAAAAAAAACAACAAGUGCCAUAUAUUUUAAAGCUAUUUUAAAAUAAACUUAACAUCAGGGACCAAUUGCUUUUUUUCUUAGCUGUGCGCGUCUGUGCGUAAAGAUGUGGAUGAGCGUUUCCAUCUCCUCAGGUGUCUCCACUUGACUCGUGCACAAGCAGAUAUGAUGAGAUUUGAUCAAAUGAUACUAAAUGCAGAUUUUUGGUUUCGGUGCUGACCUGCCCGCUGUCCUGUGAGUCCAAAAAAAGGGACAUUUCACUUUCAACUGUGUUGUGCUUGACAGGAAAAUCCAAAAUGUUGUUUUACGUAACGUAAAGGCUUUAAAAAAUGUGCGACUUUAACCUCUUUAACCAACCAACAGGGUGCUUCUUGCUCGCUUUUUACAAUGAACGUGUCCAUGGCAUGUCACACGUAUUUCCUUGUGUGGGUUUUUCUUAGUGUAGUCUAGAGGACUUUAGAUGUUAUACUGUCAACCUGUGAUGAUGUAAAAGCCAUGUGAAUUGAAAUUAUUCUUUUUUUUACGACGGUGAGUUUCUAUGAAGCCUUUAACAAAAAAGACGCACUGAGCGUCUGGCGGAUUCACUGUCUUGUAAUUGGAUGCAUAUUAUAUAAUAUAGUGAGUUUUUUGUGAAUUGUUGUAAAAACGAAACGAAGAACAAAACCCCGUGACUUUUCGAUAUUUUUUUUAUAUCAUUUUAUGUAAGUGGAAUUAAUAAAACAUGAAACUCUACAGACUA